AUGGCCGGAAGAGAGCAUGUUAUAUCUGUGGAGGAGUUGCUGUCCAGGAAGGUUAAUGUCGUUAGAACAGAAUGUGGUCAAACAAAUAGCAGAGGCAAUGAUGCUGAUCAGGAGACACAAAGGUCGAAUGACAGUACCAGGAAGCAGAGGUUGGAGCAAUUAGAGAAGGCUGGAGGAGACAAUGUUGUACCAAAUCAAGCUGAAACAAAUAUAUCAAAGAUACAAAAGGUCACGUUUUUGCUGCGAGAACACAAAAAUGUGGCCAAGUAUUUUGAGCCAAGGGUGGUGCCGCUGGGUCCAAUCCAUCACGGUAAGCCAAAGUACCAGAAAGCAGAGGAGUACAAGCUUAGAUUGGCAAACGCGUUCGUGAAGGAGAGUGGCGAGGGUAAGACAGCUGAAAGUUUGUACGCCGAAAUUGAGAAGAAAAUCAAGCAACUGAGGGAGUACUUCGAUGAGGAGGUGACCGACAAGUAUGACGACAAGGACCUCGCUUGGAUGCUGUUUGUGGACGGGUGUGCUGUAUUACAAUUCAUACAGUGUGCAGUUAAAGACAAAUUCCAAGAUAUGAAAAUUAAGAACGAUCAAGCGGUGUUUGGGCAACAGGAUUUGUUCUUGUUGGAGAAUCAACUUCCUUAUCAACUCCUCAAGGAUUUGAUGAAGUUGAGCGAGAAGAAAGAGACUUUGAAGCAGUCGAUCAACAGUUUCAUUGAUAUUCAAUAUGCUACGACAACGCAGACUGCUGCAAAUUGCAAGGACAAACAAAAGCCUGCCCAUCUACUCGAUCGUCUGCGAACAAGACUCCUUGGCAAUCGCGAAAGUCCUCGCAUCACGGCUGAAAAGAGAAACAAAAGUAAGAGUACUGGAGGAGGCCAAGGAGGGCAGGAUUCGCAGUCGUUUCGCAACGUGCAGGAACUUAGAGUAGCAGGAAUCCAAUUGAAGCCCAGUACAAGUGGUUCCUUGACACACGUAUCUUUUUCCGACCGAUCCACUUUCUACCCUGGAUACCUUUCUCUUCGUCAAAUAAUAGUGGAUGACUCAACAGGGCCAAAGUUGUUGAACUUGGCAGCCUAUGAGAUGUGUCCAGAUUUCGACAAUGACUUCGGCGUCACCUCUUACAUAUGCUUCCUUGAUUCACUCAUUGAUCAUCCCGACGACGUGAAGGAGCUGAGGAAAGCGCAAAUACUCCACAACCUCCUUGGUAGCGACAAAGAAGUGGCAAAACUCUUCAAUGACAUAGCCACUGACUUGGUGCCUAAUCCCGAAACAUAUUCCAAGGUCAAACAGCAGAUUCAGAAGUGCUACGACAACAAGUGGAAGACCUGGAUAGCUCAGGCCAUUCACGACCAUUUCAGCAGCCCCUGGACAUUCGUGGGUUUCCUUGCUGCAUUAGUAGCACUUGGUCUAACAGCCAUCCAGACUGUGUACACGGUCCGGGGCUCUCCCUCUGACUCCAGAGAUCACUCUCCCCCUGCACCCAGAAUUCCCAAAAGGUACUACUGA